AUGGAUGAGGCUUUUGUGAAGUCGCACUUGGUCAUUGUGGACUCCUCAUACCGGUUGGAUGAGGAGGUGGAGUAUUCCAGGUCAUAUCCUGGACUCAAGACGGUGUAUAACAUCCAUACUGUCAAGUGCCGGGUCAAGGAUGUAGAGAACCCGGAGAUGUCCUUUAUUGGGCUCCCUGAAGGUAAUGACUUCGCGGUCACUCGGGUUAGCCUGAAGCCAAGCUCGAGUGGUGCCACGACAGCCUGUUGCCAGCAGCGCUCCUUAGACGCAGGGUUUCAGACAGAGGACAAAGUCUGCGACCCUCGAAGACUGGCCGAGAAGGCGUCGUGUCGACGCUAUGGUUUUGGAAGCCUAGGCAUGCCUUGUUUCCUCAGUGCCGUGAGGAACCAGCUCACUGAAACCGGCGCAGCUCGAAAGCGUGUUCAGUGUCUCUUCGUCUUCCCCUUGAAGCUUCUCGAAAGGAAAAGUUUCACCGAUCAGCACAAAGACCUCGACAUGGAGGUGGGAUGCAGCGCCUGUGGCGAAGCGCCAACUGGAGCCGCCAGCGCCCUGAAGGUAGCUGCAUUGUGCCUGCUCUCAGCGGGACCACAAACUGGUCCCGAGCGCGGCGAGCUGCCAAAAGGCCUCUUGCAUAAGCAUGCGGGUCAAGUCAUGGUGCUCUGGCUUUUCAUGUGUGGCAAUCUGCAAUCAGGCUUCUAUGAGGACUGCCUGGCCUCUUUUCCGGAGCUGUUGCUCUACACGGCAGACGACGGUGGACUGGUGAGCAGUGGCCGAAGUGCGCUGGAGGAGUUCCAGAGGACGAUGGGUGCGCUGUUUGCCGUCUUCUGGUUUAUGCGGCGAAAGAUGGGUGGCGCCGAGUCAUUCUGCUUCGGGGUGGAUGAUGAGUGGGAGCCACUGAAUGCUCGGUCAAAGCAGCCACGCCGGAAGAAGGAAGAGAUUGCCAAGAGGCAAAGCUUCUUCAACGAGGUAGAGUGGGAGAGGAUAGAUGAGCUCCUGCACGAUGCUGGUCUUUUGUGCGAUGGUGUUGAAGGUCACGACGAGGAGCGCGUCCUCGCAAUGCUUGUCCUUACUGCCAUCCACGACAUCAUGAAGCUUGUACCGCUGCUGCCCAGCGUAGCACCGGAGCAUGCGCCGUACCGCGGCUACAAGGCGGGCGAGACGAUCCAUGACCACGACAUUGCACUCAGCUAUGUUCUGGAUCAUUACUCUUACGCCCUGCCCUCUUACCAUGAGCUGUCAAAGAAGCAGAAGGACUCCAUCCGUUUCACCCAGUGCAAGAUGGAGUACAACAUGGGCUGGCUAGUGCAGGCGCGGCUGCUUACUGCGCAGGAGUCUGUCUCUGUUCUGCAUCUGCUGUCCAUGGUUCGAGCUCUGACGAGCGACCCGUUGGCUCACAGUGAACACCUCUGUGACAACCUGUUCAGCCACAGCCGAGCCAUGCUUGUGCCGUCACAUCCGUCACCCAACUUGCUACCCCUCCCAGAUGCAGGGUCACUGGCACCCGGAGGCGUGGUCGGUCAGCUAUUGGACGAGCAGCCGCCGCUGCCUCCACCCAGCCUCCUAGAGGGCUUCCCAGACCCUCAGCGCGUGGACGCAAGGAAGAAGGAGUACCUCAACGCCCUGCAGGAGCAGGUUCGCCAGCGCGUGGCAACACUGACUCAGCGGCAUCAGGCUAACUUGGAGUACCUCCGUGCCAAGAAUGAUCAAUGCAAAAAGCAGGCGCAAGCGACGAUUGACCAGGAGCUGCUAAAGCAAGAGAUGGAGGUCGACCGGCGCCACGACGAGCAGCUUCUGGCUCUCCAGCAGGCAGCCAUGCGCAGGAAGUUCAACAUCUCAAAGGAAGCUGGCGAACUGACCCUGCAGUAUCAGACCAAGGCGACGCAGGAAAAGCUGCAGCUUCUGGACUUUGAGCUCCACCGGCGCUACUUCGAUGCAGCAGCCAAGCCGCUGGAGUGGACGCAGACACAGGAGGCAAGGAAUGAGUCAGCAGCGUACUGUACAGGGAAGAACGGUGCACUUCCAGCCCUUGUGAGGGACUGUCGCUGCAGCAUUGACUGUGACGGACAUGCAUCUCCAUCCAGAGCCCUCUUUGUGAUCUUGGUGGGUGUCCGGUGCAUGGAGGACGGCGGCGUCGAACCAGCAGACGUCGCCUUCUACUUCUGCCACUGGCUCACAGACCUAGCGGGCGCUGAGCCGUACCCGCAGGAAGGCUGCGAAAAGUUUGUUCUCAAGUUUCCCCGGACAGUGUUGAGCUCCUUCAUCAAGUCUUUCAAGAUUGUGGGGGAGCUGGCAGUCAAGUGUCUGGAGGUGGACCUCCCAUCAGCCCUCGCUUGGGGCAGUGCGCGCAAGGAGACAGCCAGGCUAUCCUCCGUGGGGGCCCCUGACGGUGCGCUCACGACAGUGCCUGCGCAGGAUCGAGACGUUCUGGAGGAAGAGCUGGCUCACACCGGCUGCAAGGACCAACUUUUUGAGUUGGAGAAUCUCCCGGAGGGCGCAGUACCCAUGGGCCCUGCAAUCUUGAUUUACUACGCGCCGGCACUGAUGCAGAAGGCAGAGCUCGGCUGGGGCCAGCUAAGGGGGCCACGCGUCGGAAAGGAGCAGCUAUCUGCUGCUUUUGCUCUGCGAGAUUUCGGAUACUGGCAGAGAUCUUCCGACAAGCCCGGCAACUUUGGCCGCCAGGGGAUGCUGCCCAGCUCUGCCGGGCUCGUCGUCACCGUGCGUAUCGACGUCCUCAAGGAGCUGGAGGUGAAGCUCAUCACAGCGGCGACACCUGGCGAGGUCUGGGCGCUGGAGAAGACCAGCAGCCGAGACGCUGAGGUCAAGAAGGUCAGCUUGGGAAGCGAGGCUCUUUCCCAAGGGUUCCUGGCAGGCAACAAGGUGCGGAUGCUCAACUUUACCAAGACACCGCACAUGAGUUCGCUGGGGAAAGGCAUUCAGACGACCUGGCGCAAGAAGGAAAGCAAGUCGCAGACCUUGGACGAUUUUGCGAUCGACGCCACUCGGUCUGCGUCGCUGAUGGUCCGAAGCCAGUGGCGGUCAGACUCUAUGGAGGUGGCAAAUACCACCGCUUUGGAUGGAGCUCGCCGCUGGACCUUGGAGGUUGGUCGAAGCACGACUUACACGGUCCUCGAGUGA